AUGGCAAUCUGCCACCACCGCACUUCCCUCUACGCCCGCUCCGCCGCAGAGGGCGAGGUCGAGGUCGCAACCUUCGGCUACAACGACCUCGUAGGCCCGCUCAACUGGCACGGCCGCAACAACGCCAGCUCAAAGUGCGCCACGGGCACGCACCAGUCGCCCAUCAACCUCAACGACACCUCGGCGACGCUCGUCCCCGGCGCGAGCCUGGGCUUCGACGUGCCGGCGCACCCGGACGGUGCCGUGUUCGAGAAUCUCGGCAGCACGCUCGAGGUGGUCGCGCAGAACGGCACGCUGACGCGGGACGGGCGGGUGUACGCGCUCAAGCAGUUCCACUUCCACACGCCGAGCGAGCACCGUGUGGACAGCGAGUACUUCCCCAUGGAGGUGCACUUUGUCUUUGAGGCGGACGAGGAGGCGAACAAGAACUCCACCGGUCCCGCCGCCUCCGUCGUGGGAUUCCUCAUCGAAGUCGACAACGCCGCGCCGUCGCCGUUCCUGGCCAACGUGUUCGCGCACCUCGACGAGGUCGCGGAGCCCGGGUCGCACGCGGAGACGCAGGGGCUCGACUUCUGCGAGCUCAAGGACCUGCUCGCGCGGUCCGACGUGUACCAGUACAGCGGCAGCCUGACGACGCCGCCGUGCACCGAGGGCAUCGCGUGGAACGUGGUCGCGGAGCCGCUGACGGUGGACGACGUCACGUUCCGCGCGGCGAAGCGGGUGAUGAAGUUCAACUCGCGGUACACGCAGAACGUGCCCGGGCAGAAGAACCUGCUGGAUCACUCUAGAGUCAUGUUGAACGCCAUGUCGCCUUAG